UGUGACGCAAUGAGCACCCGCAAGCUUUGGGAGAAGAAAAGUUCCCGUAGUUCUGUGAAAUCGCGUUCUAGGAGCAAUUCUCUCAACAAAAACUUAUCGAGGAAAAUCUCAGAAAUCGAGGAAAAUGGGGAAACAGUUGCGCAAGGAAUCAUGCAUGAAAUUCUAGAAACGUCACUUGAGACAAUCGAAAAGCGCUAUUUGGAGCGCCAGACGAUCAAAUUCGUGGUGCAUUGCGCCCAUCAAGCUUUGACAAAAGCCCUAAAAAUGCACUUUUACCAACACAACGAUUAUAUUCGAAAUGCGGAAUUCUGGGGCUCGGAAAAACGCCUCGAGCCCUCAUUCCCCGACUCUUGGGCGAUAAAUCAAGUCCCAGUGACGAAAAACAUCGCCGAGGAGGAGGAACUCAACACUCUCAAAAGGAUCAAAUCGGAAAUUGACCGAAAAGGAGGGGAGAUCCUUCUCGACUCCACUGUUGACCUCAUUAGUGAACCUUCUGAGAGUCUUUUGGUCGAUAUUCGGGGAAUUCUCGACGAGAUUCUCGAUAACCUCCCCGUAGUAUUUGAGGAAACCCCCGAAAAACUCGAGUCUGUCACGAGUGCGUUCACUUUGGUGGUGGAGGGCCAACAGCCCUACACCGACUUCAAAAUGAAGCCCCAAAUGUCGCGAAUCGCCCCCUGGUUCCCCAGCACCGUCAAACUGCCCCGAAUUGACCUCCCGGAAUCGGGGAAUUCCCGCCGACAGAAAGACUCAAAUGAAUCGCUGACGCAGGAAACCCUCCCACCCAUCAGGACCGAUGCCAAGUACAGAUGUCUCUCAGCCGCCAUGCCACCGGAAGAAAAAACGAAAAAAAGACAGAAAUAAGUGAUUCUUUUCGACAAAACUCGACACUUUCUAAUUCUGUUUUUACCAAGUUCGGUGUACGCAAUUGCGAAAUAACACGUUCGGUGUUAUUAUAUUAUUGACUUCUGUGGCAACACUAAACAGGAAAAUAUUUGCAUAUCCUAGUUUUUACCGAAAUUCAUCGAUUCGUAAUUCGAAUUUUGAAAGGGUGUGAGUCAUCGCAUCUAAUCUUCCACUUAAUUUACUUCUUGUUCUUCACUUUUUCGAUGCCUGAAGCCGUGGAAAUUUCCAGUAUUAGUCGGCGCACGCAACUCCUUUUUUACCCAUCAGAAUUAGAAUUUUGAUUGAAAUUAGCCGACAAGAAUUACAUAACUAGAUUUUUUUUUCUUGCCUUAUUUCGACGAUUACAUCACCCCUGAUGAAUAAAAUCACACCGGAAAAUUAACGGGUCAAAAGAAGGUAAACCAAUAAAAUAAUUAGAAAUACAAAGAUUGCUCGAUUUUUUCAAUUAACCACGAAGCAUUAUUGAGUGGUGCAAUUCCCAUGAUUAAUACAAUUGUGAUAAGAUAAUAAUCCAUCACCACCUUCUGGUGCCGCCGCGUCUAGCAACAAAACCGAUAACCUUGUAGACGCAUUACCACUUGCAAUUAUUGCAUCAUGUCAUUAUAUUUAUUAGAAAUAGAACGGCAAAAAUGACGUGUUUUGCGUUAUUCCAACGAAAAAAACACAAAUUGUGCAAUUUAAGUCACUUUUCGUUACUUUAAUAUUUGUUACCAUGACAAUAAAUCAUAAGAAAAUUGGUUACCAUGGAAACUUCCAUUCGUUGCUAUGGUUUUUCACAUUACUGCAAAGUAAUUAUUAUUGGUUGCCAUGGUUUUUCUUACAGACUCAUGGCCGCCUGUAAAAUUGUCAAUU